AGACCUAUACAACUUUUGCAGGAUUUUUUCACUAACAACGCGACUCGUGCAACAGCAUUGGAAUAUGAUGCCCAAGACUCCAAGCGAAAGCUUCUACGUCAGUUAAAGGGUGUGAAGAACUCUGGUUUGAGAGAAAAGCUGCAAUUGCAUGAACGCUAUGUCAAGUGUCUUCGAAAAUUCCAGAGCAUUCAUCACAUAACUAAGCAGAGGGCAGCCAUAGCCGACAAAAAAAAAUGUAGACUUAAUAGCAUCCCAAAAUCACCACUUUUCCGAAAACGCCACUUAGCGACAGCGCCUCAACUUUACUGUAACCUUCCAGAUCUACUUCGUCUUCCA